CACCCAGUUUCUGCAGAGCAAACACCAUCAAGGAAUCAGAAAUGGCACUUGGUGCUUUGUUUGUGGGUCUCUUUCUUCUGCUUCAACAUGUUACAGGUGGUGGAAAGAUUUUGGGAAGCCAGGAGGAUUCACCUAUCUCAUCGCCCGAGGAUCAGGAGAUUGCACCACUCUACAAUGCAAUGUCCCCACUGGUGCUGGGAAUGUAGGAACCUUGUGCGAAGUCAGUAUUUCCAAUCAUCAAGCAAAAAUGAACAAAACGUGUAACAAAAAAGCAAAGGAAAUGACUUAUUCUGGAAAUAUCGAUCCUGAGAAGAAUAAUGGGCAAAAGAAGCUGCAGUGUGUAGAAUGCAAAACAAAUGAAGGUGAAAAUAAGUCACUGACAUUUGGUGUGAAGCCAGUUCGCUCGAUGAUAUUUACCUGCGCGUUUCAGGAUUCCACAGAAAAAGGAUCAAAGUGUCCAUCCUGGAAGACACUGACAGAGGAGGGAUGUGAAAACCACAACUUGUUCUUUGUGAUAAACCUGGACGAUUCAAAUGGAACAUUUUUGACUGAUGAAAGCUCCUCGUCACUGACAGUGACAGAGAGAGAGAAUGUGACUUUACCCUGCCAGUUUGAGCUUAGAAAAAGCCUACCCUUCACUCUGGUUUGGAUCAUAUCUGGAAAUAACAAGUGUCUGCAUUCUGUUCAUAUUGAGAGUUAUGCAGCACAUUCUAACACACGAUGCUGUGUGGGUAGAGAGUCAUCACAAAGAAUCUCUUACCAAAGCUCAAACAAGUCCACUGAUAAAGAACAGUCUCACAACCUUACUAUUCACUCAGUGAAGGUGAUGGACACUGGGAGGUAUCUCUGUGUUGUACACUGGGCGGAGUCAGAGAAACCUAUCUGGAUGAUUGCAGCAAACAUCUCCCUUGAUGUGACAAGUGCAGAAUCUUCAGGUACCCUCACCUCAACAUCUGGAAUAUCCUCAGUGACCAGCAGUGGAACUCCUAUCAACAGUAAAAGUCCUUAUACCAGCUGCAGUAACACGUGUAUCCUGGUUUUGUAUGCGGUUGCACUGAUUUGCAUUGAUGGAGUAAUUUGCAUAAUCAGAAGAGUAAAACAAUCUGCCAAAGCUGGGCAGACCACAUGGACCAUGAAUGUGAGGGUCGUAAACGACCUCCCAAAAAUCAAAUGCGGUUUCAGUUUGUAACAUGGGAGAUGCUUGAAAUGCAGAUAAAUCUUCUCAACCACCCCGCAAAUGAUAUAAAACGGCUGGCAGCAGAUCCUUGGCUUUCACAGAUUGUUCUGAAGUUAUGUGGCUAUCAACACAAAACAACGAGACCGACUCUGAUUUUCCACUCUCACCGACACAGGGCAUGAGAUCCCACAGUUGAAGAAUGUUUGGUUACACUUUUCGGGGCUGAAAUUGGUCUUUCCCAUUUUGGACUUUGAAAUGAAAACGUGACACGGUGUGAAAUUCACUGUGCGUUUGACACCACUGAUGAAGAUCAAGCUCAUCCCCCACCAUCCCGGUUUCUCUUUAGAAAGGACAAUGCAUUGCUGCUUAUAAUACAAAAAAUAUAAUUAGUGUGAUUGGAAGUCACUGAAUAAACAUUGCUUUAAAAUUA